AUGGCGCCGCGGGCACUGGUCGCGGCGGAAGUGCCGGGGCUAGCGAUGGACUCCAAGAAGGAGCUGGAAGGCGAGGCCAGGUUGAUUCCGCAGAAGGAACUUUCGGCGCGGCGGCCGGGGGUGGCGAGGGGAGAGGGGACCUUCUUGGCGCAGCGGCGGCGGCGGCGGCGGCGGCGGCAGCGGCGGCAGCGGAGACGACGCAACAGAAGAGACGAUCGGGGGCAGGGACGCCGUUCUGUGGGCUCUUUUUCCCUGGGAUACUCCUCAAAUUCUGGCUGUCACCGUGCUACGAGCGCCGGCGGGACAUGGCCACAGGAACUGGAAUGCCUGGCACGCUCAGCUGUUGCUGAGGGUGAAGACAUCGGGUUCCGGCGGCAGUACGAGGCCUGGGACGAGUUUGUGUACGGUUCCUACGUCCUCUUUCAGGAGGGCUACCGGCGACCACAGCAGUGCGCUCUUGAUCUCCGGCAACAAGGAGGCCAUGACGGCGGCGGUACUGCUACAGGAGGGCCCAUCGUGCGGACGCCAUGCUCUGACUGGGAGGGGACCGAUGCUCCUGCCCUGUGCGAGUCCAUCGGCAACGACAGCGCACGUCUUGGAGGCGGAAGCCUGAGCGACGUCGGUCGCACGCGCUCUCUCACGGUCUUGGCGGAAUGCUUCAGGCAAGAUACAAGAUACGGUUCGGAGGGCAAGACGAAAAUAAAGAGGACUCCGAAGGCGGGGUAG